AACAGCAGCAAAAAACAAAAUAAAAAAAAUAAAGCUAAGAUCUAUAAUCUUGCCAUUUAUUGAUUACCAUGAUUGAUAUGUUAGUAUAGUACACACUUCUAAUCUUAUGUUUUCCCUACCUAAAUAUACGCAAAAUAUUUUUAUCAAGACUGUAUCAUACUGAUGAAGUCAUUUAAGAAAUAUAAUUGUCUUUCAAUUAGAGGAUUUUCUGUUUGGGAUUUUGUUGUUGCCUCUUCACAAUUCAUGUCCUUCUGGACCACGUAUGCUUCCCAUAAGUGACCUCAGAUGGAACCACCAACCCCCAUCUCAGCAGUUUCCAUAGGCAAACAUUGCAGAAUGCUGGGCAUGUAAUGUAUUUCUAGUGAGCUGCAUAGGAUGAGAAGUGCGCCCUUUGUCUCCAACGUCAUAAUGGCUCUGCUGACUUUAAUACCUUUCACUGGAGCUAGUGAGGACAACUCGAAAAUGCCAGAAAGAGAGAGAGAGAGAGUCCCCUGCCCCAUGAUCUCAGAUGAAAAAAAAAGAGAGAGAAUACAGAAAUCCCCCUAUGCACCACCCCCAGGUCCCUUUUGUGUUGUUUUUGCCAACACAGUAGCUUUCCUGCUAUAUAUACCAGUUGCCCCUUUGUCCCCAUCAUACUACAUGCUAAUCACCCUCUGUCAACAACCAUGGGGAAGAUCACCUUCUUCGAGGACCGAGACUUUCAGGGUCGCUGCUACAAUUGCAUCAGUGACUGCCCCAACCUGCGGGUCUACUUUAGCCGCUGCAACUCCAUCCGAGUAGACAGCGGCUGCUGGAUGCUCUAUGAGCGCCCCAAUUACCAGGGCCACCAGUACUUCCUGCGCCGAGGCAAGUACCCCGACUAUCAGCACUGGAUGGGCCUCAGCGACUCGGUCCAAUCCUGCCGUAUAAUUCCUCAUACCAGGUCUCACAAGUUAAGGCUGUACGAGAGAGAUGACUACCGAGGCCUUAUGUCUGAGCUCACUGAUGACUGCGCCUGUGUCCCAGAACUCUUCCGUCUCCAUGAGAUCUAUUCCCUCCACGUACUGGAGGGCUGCUGGGUCCUCUAUGAAAUGCCCAACUACCGGGGGCGGCAGUAUCUGCUGAGGCCUGGGGACUACAGGAGGUACCACGACUGGGGGGGUGCAGAUGCCAAAGUCGGCUCUUUGAGACGGGUCAUCGAUUUGUACUAAGCUGUGCCUGCCUUGUUAUGAUCCACAUAGAAACAAAAUAAAUAUACAAAUUGUGUUCCCCGCA